AAAACCAAGAGUAGACAUUCAGAGCUAUUAACUGUUUAAACACUCAAUCUAACAGGACACACUUGAGCAACAAGAAACGCCUGUCAGUCACACCUGUCAUGUCCCAAUAUUUUUGAUCACUUGAAAAAUAGGUGGUUCAAAUAAAAGCUGCCAUGUACUAAGUUGUUUAACGCGUCUAGAUGUAAAUAUGAGGAAAUGAAAGCUGAAAUUCUGAUGUAUAGCCACAUAUUCAUCUUUUGAUCUCAAACCCAAAUGUCUUCAGUGUAAAGCACAAACAACAGAAUUGGCCUUGUGUUCCAAUAGUUUCAGAGGGGACUGUUUACACACACACACACACACACACACACAUAUUCACAUGAGCGUACACACACACAAAGGUUUGUCAAGGUUCAGCUGUCACAAAUUCCUCCCAGAGCUGCUGUUUAUUUUUAGCAGGAAGGCGGUGAUCCUCUGCUUUAUCUUCUUGCCUACAUUGUGUUCAGUGAGGAGUAGUGUUUAUUCCAGUAAUGUUGUAGUGUUCAGUGAGCGGUGUUUGUCCCAGAAGCAUUGUAGUGUUCAGCAAGGAGCGGUGUUUAUCACAGUGACAUUACAGUGUUCAGUAAGGAGCGGUGUUUAUUACAGUGACAUUACAGUGUUCAGUAAGGAGCGGUGUUUAUUACAGUGUUGCGAUGGGGAAUUAUAAAUCCAGACCAACGCAGACGUGUACAGAUGAGUGGAAGAAGAAAGUGAGCGAGUCUUACUCUGUGAUUAUGGAGAAGCUGGAUGAUGAUCUGAGGAUUAAAGAUGAAGAAUAUUCUGAACUCAAACAUGUGUUCAGUUCAGAUGAAGCUUUUAACAAAGUGAAUCUGAACUACCGCUCAGAGGCCGGACUGUCCCUGCUGCACCUGUGCUGCAUCUGUGCAGGAAAUAAAAGCCACAUCCGCACUCUGAUGCUGAAAGGACUGCGAGCCUCCAGACUGAGUCGCAAUGGAUUCACCGCUCUGCAUCUCGCUGCUUACACGGACAAUGCUGAGCUGGUUACAGCUUUGUUGCACGGUGGUGCAGAUGUUCAGCAGGUUGGAUACGGAGCGCUCACGGCUCUGCAUAUUGCCACUAUAGCGGGCCAUCAUGAGGCAGUGGACAUUCUCCUGCAACACGGUGCUUAUGUUAAUGUUCAAGACGCUGUGUUCUUCACACCUCUGCACAUCGCAGCUUACUAUGGCCAUGAGCAGGUGUGUAAGCUGUUGCUGAAAUUCGGAGCGGAUGUGAACGCUAGUGGAGAGGUGGGAGAUCGCCCACUUCACCUCGCCGCCGCUAAAGGUUUCCUCAACGUCAUCCGGCUGCUAAUGGAGGACAGAGGCAAAGUGGACGUAAACACUCAGGAUAAUGAGGAUCACGUGCCACUGCAUUUCUGUGCGCGAUUUGGCCACCACGAGGUUGUGCGUUUCCUGUUGCAGGGAAACUUUAACGUCCAGCCGCAUUCCAUCAACAUCUACGGGGACACACCUCUGCAUCUGGCGUGUUAUAACGGGAAGUUUGAGGUGGUGAAGGAGUUGGUGCAGCUCACAGGAACAGAAAGCCUGUCCAAAGAGAACAUCUUCAGUGAGACGGCGUUUCACAGUGCCUGUACGUAUGGUAAAGACAUGGACAUGGUCAAGUUCCUGAUUAGCCAGAAUGCAGUUAGCGUUAAUCACCAGGGCCGAGACGGACACACGGGUCUACACAGUGCCUGUUUCCAUGGACACAUCCGUCUCGUUCAGUUCCUAUUGGACAGUGGAGCUGACAUGAACCUGGUGGCGUGUGACCCGAGUCGCUCCAGUGGAGAGAAAGAGGAACAGACCUGUCUGAUGUGGGCCUAUGAGAAAGGUCAUGAUGCCAUCGUCACACUGCUGAAACACUACAAACGUCCUCUAGAAGACUCGCCCUGCAAUGAAUACUCUCAGCCAGGAGGGGAUGGAUCAUACGUUUCUGUUCCGUCUCCACUGGGGAAGAUCAAAAACAUGACAAAAGAGAAAGCUGAUGUCUUGCUCCUCAGAGCGAGUCUCCCGUCCCAUUUCCACCUGCAGCUCUCGGAACUGGAGUUUCAUGAGAUCAUUGGCUCGGGCUCCUUUGGGAAAGUGUAUAGAGGAAAAUGUCGCAACAAGAUCGUAGCCAUUAAACGGUAUCGGGCCAACACGUACUGCUCGAAGUCGGACACGGACAUGUUUUGCCGGGAGGUUUCCAUCCUGUGCCGUUUAAACCAUCCGUGUGUUAUCCCGUUUGUGGGGGCGUGUCUCGACGAUCCAAGUCAGUUCGCCAUCGUCACACAGUACAUCUCUGGAGGAUCGCUCUUCUCACUGCUGCAUGAACAAAAACGGCUGAUUGACCUGCAGUCGAAACUCAUCAUCGCCAUUGAUGUGGCCAGAGGAAUGGAGUAUCUGCAUAACCUGACUCAGCCCAUCAUCCACCGAGACCUCAACAGUCACAACAUUCUGCUGUAUGAGGACGGUCACGCUGUCGUGGCUGAUUUCGGCGAGUCACGCUUCUUGCUCUCCAUGGAUGAAGACAACAUGACAAAACAACCCGGGAACCUUCGUUGGAUGGCUCCGGAGGUUUUUACACAGUGCACACGCUACACGGUGAAGGCAGACAUGUUCAGUUACGCACUGUGUCUGUGGGAGCUGCUGACGGGGGAGAUCCCAUUCGCUCAUCUGAAACCUGCGGCUGCGGCAGCUGAUAUGGCGUAUCAUCACAUCCGGCCUCCAAUCGGCUACUCCAUCCCUAAACCACUGUCAGCUCUGCUCAUGAGGGGCUGGAACGCCUGUCCUGAGGAGAGGCCAGAGUUCUCAGAGGUUGUAUCUAAACUUGAGGAGUGUUUGUGCAACAUUGAGCUGAUGUCUCCAGCCUCCAGCAACAGCAGUGGUUCUCUGUCUCCAUCGGCAUCUUCAGACUGUUUGUUUGGCCGUGUGAGUCCGGGCCGAAGUCAUGUAGCAGCGCUGCGUUCACGCUUUGAACUGGAGUAUGCACUGAACACCCGUGCAGUGUGGAGUUCUGGACGGCGUUCCUCCCAGGGUCUGUCUCUGGAUGAGCUCAGGAGAAACAUGCAGUUCCCCAUCGACAGAAAUGGUUAUGUAUCAGAUCCCAUGAGCACCAUGAGGUUCCACUCCAGCAGCAACACCAGCCUUGAGGAUACCAGCUAAUACACACACACACACACACACACACACAGAGUGUGUGUGUGACUCUGGUGUUAUAAGUUUAAUCAAAUCUAAAGUGACUUUAAAAAGUGUGUUCAUUGUGUUGAUAUUAAACUAAACACACAAAUAUUAAACACUGCCUUUAAAUAUUUUAUUUUCUUUUGUAAAUUGUUAAUCCUGACUGCAGGAAGUGUUUUUUCUUUACAGAUGAAAAAUGAAACAUUGAACAUCAUGUCAAAGAUCAGCUUUAAAUCCUUUAAGAACAUUAAUAAAGAUUUCACAUCA